AUGGAGAAUACCAACAAAACAAUCCUUAUUACUAGUGCUUCAGCCUAUCUUCCCUCUCAUAUUCUACGCAUCUUCUUGGAAGCUGGAUACAAUGUUCGUGUAGCAGUGAAGACUGACCUGGAGGCAAGAACUGUUCGUGAUGCUCAUCCUGGAUAUGACGACAGUCGUGUGAGUUUUGUGCACAUUCUAGAUAUCAUCAAAGAAGGUGCCUUUGAUGUCGCUGUCAAAAAUGUUCACGGGGUCAUACACACUGCAUUUCCAGCCUUCCCAUUCAACACUGUCGAAUUCGAGAAACGAAUCGUGAUACCCGCCAUCGACAGCAUAUAUCACUUGCUUCAGUCAGUGCACCGGCAUGGGCCGACUGUUACUCGCGUGAUUAUCAUGUCCUCCUUCGCAGCCAUGAUCAACGUCGAAAAGGGCCUAUGGCCAGAACACAUGUACAACGAGAGCGACUGGAACCCAGACACGUACCAAGUUGCAACUGGAACACGAAUCAUGGCUCAGGCUCAAUUCGCCAGCAGGAAGCUAUCUGAGAAAACUGCUUGGAAUUACAUGAGAAAGGAAAAGCCGAUGUUUGACCUCGUGAGCCUCUGCGUUCCAGUCGCCUGGGGACCUCUGACUAUCCCGACUCCUUCUCUGUCUUGCAAUAGCGACCUUGGAUCAGGCGUUCGGAUUAUUCAUAAUCUCAUGCAUGGAUCAUUUGGGCAGACCUCUGGUCCUGAUAAUUUUUACCCGUUUGUUGACGUGCGCGAUGUGGCUAUUGCCGCACUCAAAGCAUACCAGGUAGCUCACGCAGCUGAUGAGCGCUUUUUUCUUGCCAGCGGUCGCGCCACCGUCCAAAUGCUUUGCGAUAUUCUCCAUGUACAAUUUCCCGAGUUACGCCAUAGACUUCCCAUGAGACAGCCCGAAAUGGGUGGCCUGGAGACUGUCUACGAUGUCGACGGGUCUAAAGCUGAACGCAUCCUGGGCUUCAGAUAUCGCGGUUUGCUCGAAGCUGUCGCUGAUACCGCGAUCUGUCUUCUAGAGAUGGAGAGAAAGGAGGCAGCUGAGAAGGCUGAAGGGCUGGCCAAGCUGGCGGCGGCGUUUUGA